AGCCGGACCUUUUGCGAUACCCUGCUUCCGUCGCGGACGUCAUCGGUCUUGUUUUGGGCGUUCCGGAGACUGAGAACUCAACGGACUAAACUACUAAGAGAGCGUCGUUUCCCCACACACCCUGCUGGGCGCCACCUACGGCUUUUGCUGCCUCCUCCUCUCCAACAACUGUUGUACCUCGUCCCUCCAUCUCGCGUUUGAUUCUUGCUCCUGUCAUUGUUCACUUAGCCUUGCCUGCUACUGCCCUUUUCACCUCAUCGCCCACAUUCCCGCUCUUUCUCCCACUUCCCAUCGCCAAACCCCCAGAGAAAAGUUCCGACGCUCCCACCUCCCACCUCCCUGAGUGCGGUGUACCGUCAUCCUUGCUCCAAAAAUGGCGGAAUUCGUGCGUGCCCAGAUCUUCGGCACGACCUUCGAGAUCACAAGCAGGUACACAGACCUACAGCCCGUAGGAAUGGGCGCCUUUGGUCUUGUCUGGUAUGGUCGACAACCCCUCUUCUGGAUUUCGCCGCCACGCGGGUGGUUCCUGUGGCCCGCCGAACAACACAUGGGCUGACAUCUGCUAUGGGAUAUUUUAGUUCGGCGAGGGAUCAAUUGACAGGACAACCGGUCGCCGUUAAGAAGAUUAUGAAACCAUUCAGCACACCAGUUCUGUCCAAGAGAACGUACCGCGAGUUGAAGCUGUUGAAGCAUCUGCGACAUGAAAAUGUUGGUCAAUGCCGCCAACCGGCACUCCGCUAUUCGCCAUACCGCAAUGCUGACUCGGCGCAGAUAAUCAGUCUUAGUGAUAUCUUCAUCUCUCCGCUCGAGGACAUCUAUUUCGUUACAGAACUCCUGGGAACCGACCUUCACAGACUCCUGACUUCCCGACCCCUGGAAAAACAG